AGUUGACAGAGUCGACAGUUCCGAAGUAUAAAAACCCCGGCGAUCCUGUACCUGCACCGUGUCAGUACUGGCUUCAGAACAGUCAUGAAGUACUUCAUUCUCCUCGCCUUGUGCGCCACAGCUUUUGCCGCCCCCAUUGAGGAUGAGGACGACAAGAUCGUCGGAGGAUACGAGUGCAGAAAGAACUCUGUGCCCUACCAGGUGUCUCUGAACGCCGGCUACCACUUCUGCGGCGGUUCCCUGAUCUCCAGCACCUGGGUGGUGUCCGCCGCUCACUGCUACAAGUCUCGCAUCCAGGUGCGCCUCGGCGAGCACAACAUUGCCGUCAACGAGGGCACGGAGCAGUUCAUCAACUCCGCCAAGGUGAUCAAACAUCCCAGAUACAGCAGCCGCAACCUGGACAACGACAUCAUGCUCAUCAAGCUGAGCAAGCCCGCCACCCUCAACAGCUACGUGCGCACCGUGUCCUUGCCCUCCAGCUGCGCCGGUUCAAGCACCCGCUGCCUGAUCUCCGGUUGGGGCAACACGAGCAGCUCCGGAAACUACUACCCUGACCGUCUGAGGUGCCUGGAUGCCCCCAUCCUGAGCGACAGCAGCUGCAAGAAGUCCUACCCUGGACAGAUCACCUCCAACAUGUUCUGCGCUGGAUUCCUCGAGGGAGGCAAAGACUCCUGCCAGGGAGACUCCGGCGGCCCAGUGGUGUGCAACGGUCAGCUUCAGGGCGUCGUGUCCUGGGGUUACGGUUGCGCCCAGAGGAACAAGCCUGGCGUCUACGCCAAGGUCUGCAACUACAACUCCUGGAUUCGCAGCACCAUGUCUUCCAACUAAAUGCAGCGAUUGCGGCGUGAAAUUA